GGAGGUUGGCUCGCCGUACUAAAAUCGUGUCAACUAAGCGACGGCAGUAAACAAACGGUCAGAAGCAGACAGGAUCGUGCAGGAUGCCGUUUAUGAUAGGCAAGGAGCCCGUGCGGCGGACGGUCAAGUAUCUAAUGGCCGGCAAACUGAUCCUGAAGGAUAAGAUACAAAUAUUGUCCAUUAAUUACAAUAUACACGGCAACCAUCACAAAGGGACGAGAGAUUUCGUGUUUUGGCAUCUACCGCAGCUGCAGUACAAGAAUCCAGAUGUUCAGAUGGUUACCUUUAGGAACCUAACCCCGUCGCCGUUCAUAAAAUGCUACUACGAGGACGGUAAGAAGAUGCUGAUAGACGUAGACAGCAAGUCCAAGGACGAGAUACUCGAGCAUCUCAUAAGAAUAAUAGGAAAGUCGAAGGAGACGUUGGUCAAGGAAGCCGCGACUCAGGAGAAAAAGGACAAUCCAGCAAAUUUCGGAGUGGGCUGCGACAGAAGCUGUAUAUGUCACAUCCCGGGACAAGUGCCAUGCCCUGGCAUAGUGCCCUUGCCAUAUCACAUGCGUGGAAAAAUCAUAAUGGAGAGAUUACAGAACAAGUAGACGAAACUGUAGUUGUUACGAAUUCUUGUUACAUAUAUUGUAUUUGUAUAAUUACAUGUACAUACAUGUGUGUAAGGUGUAUACAUUCUUGUUAUAUCCAAAAGUAUGAACGAUGGAAGUAA